AUGUCUGCUGACCUUGGCGCCGAUUCUGUGCCUGCAGCGCCGCCGAACCUCAACCUCUCCCCCGAAGAGAAGCGAGUCUAUGCACAGCUAUUUCGCCAAGCUGAUGCAGAAGGCGCUGGAUUUGUCACUGGCGAUGCCGUCGUGGCGUUGGCUGAGAAAACAAGACUUCGGAAUGAUCAGUGCCAAACAAUAUGGCAGAUCGCGGACAGUGAGGACCGUGGUUUCCUCACGCCGACAGGCUUCAGCGUUUUUCUACGUUUGAUCGGCCAUGCUCAAGCCGGACGGGAACCGACAGCCGAACUAGCCCUCCAACAAGGCCCGAUACCUCGAUUCGAGGGCUUGUGGACAUCGCCGGCGCUGGGUUCGCCCACCUCGUCAAGCCCAGCGCCGCUGCAAGCUCAAGCAAGUGGUGGCGCCGUCCGAAUACCAUACUUGACUCCGGACAAGGUGUCAGAAUAUGCUGCGAUAUUUGAGCGCCUGCCGCUGCAAGCUGGCAGACUUCACGUUGAACAGGCCAGACUGAUCUUUGAGAAAUUCGGUUUGCCCAAGGAAACGAUAAGAGACUUUUGGACGCUCACGGGUAUUGAGGAACGAGGGUUCUUUGUGCUCCCCGAAUUCGCUAUUGCUAUGCAUUUGUUUACCUGUAUCAAGGCUGGUAGUUUACGUUCCAUGCCCAAGGCCCUGCCGCCCGCUUUGUACGAGGCCGCCACUAGACGCGGUGCUGCACCCCGUCAAUCCCCCAGUAACACCGGUAUGGGACCGAUACCAAGGCAGUUGAGCGGUUCCGCCCAGAUGCGAGUAGGCAGCCCUCUUGGAAGGCCGCCAAUCGCGCCGGCCGCAGCCGGUGGUGAUUGGGCUGUGUCCGCUGCAGACAAGGCCAAAUUCGAUCAAAUUUACGCUACUCUCGAUAAAACCAAUAAGGGGUAUAUUAGUGGAGAGGAGGCUGGUCCAUUCUUGAGGCAGUCUAACCUUCCGGAGGAAAAAUUGGCCCAGAUAUGGGACCUUGCCAACUUCAACAAUCAAGGCCAGCUUACUCGAGAAGGAUUCGCUAUCGCCAUGUACUUUAUUCGACAGCAGAGAAGCGGCGUUGGCGGUGAUCUGCCCGAAACGCUGCCCGAGAACCUCAUUCCUCCCAGCGUCCGCAACCAGAGGCAGCCUCCUCCGUUCCCUGCGCCAGUAGCACGGUCUGCGCCUCCGCAGCCCAAAUCCGCCAUGGACGACUUGUUUGGGCUUGAAUCGACUCCCAGCCCCGUGCCUGCGCCAGUACAAACUACCAUGUCUACUGGGGGGUCGAAUGCGAAUGAUCCAUUUGCUGGCGGUUCAGCUAUUCUGCCUCCAUCGUCCCCUAUUCGCCCGACCACCACGGGUACCACAUUCAAGCCAUUUGUGCCAUCUUCAACAUUUGGCAAGGGCUUGACCGGACCACCGUCUCAAGGGGAUGUCCCCAAGCAGUCAGAAGAUCUUUUGGAAGACAAUGACCCGGAAGCCAGCAAGAACAUCACUGGAGAGACGACCGAGUUGGCCAAUUUGUCCAACCAAAUUGGAACCCUCUCGAAGCAGAUGCAGGAUGUUCAAAGCAAACGAACCACAACCCAAGGCGAGCUUAAUCAGACGAAUUCUCAGAAACAAAACUUUGAGCAACGACUGGCGCAACUGCGAGCCCUGUACGAGAAGGAGGCCGAGGACACCCAGUCUCUGGAGAAACAGCUGAGAAAAUCUCGUGCUGAUACACAAAAGCUUCAGUCUGAGUGCAUGACCCUCGAGGGAACAUUCAGAGACGUUCAGUCUCAGCAUCAACAACUUGCAGCCGCUUUGCAAGCGGACCAGCAGGAGAAUGCAACCCUGCGAGAACGCAUCCGGGUUGUCAACGGCGAGAUUGCCAAGCUCAAACCCCAGAUUGAGAAGCUCAAGUCGGACAGUCGCCAGCAGAAGGGUCUAGUUGCCAUCAACAAGAAGCAGCUAUCCACGACCGAGGGAGAACGAGACAAGCUUAAGAACGAAGCUGCCGAACUGGCCAAGGGAGGGGAAGAUGCUGCCAGGCAAAUGGACAGCAACUCACCAACCUCGGCAUCUGCACAGGUUGCGAGCCCGGCCUUGUCGACUGUCAGCGAUAACAACCCUUUCUUCAAGCGAACGGCAAGUACCGACAUUAUGGGUGCCUUUGCAUCCCCUCCGACGAAACCAUAUGCCGACAAAUCGCUUGAUGAUGUAUUUGGUCCGUCAUUCGGACCAGGGGCCAGCACGAGCACUCCUCCACCUGCCUUCCAGCAGCAGCAACACACUGGAACUUCUGCGGUCAGCGGAGCGUCCUUUCAUACCGGCCGUUCCAGUCCCAGCAUAAGCCGCCAAGGUACGAUGAACAUGGAACCUCCUGCGCCGCCCGCAUCAAGGCAAAUCAACUCCAGCUUCUUGCCGUUCCCCGACCACUCCGAAUCUCUCUCUUCGUCUCGCCAGGUCUCGCCACCCGCUUCACGAGCCGAAGGCCUCUCUGCUGACAGCAAUGGUGAGUCGGCCGCGGAAGAGGGGGAGAAGAGUGAGACACAAGGAGCAACGCCUACUGCCACUGAGGCACCGACAGUUUCGGUUACGGAAGCAGCAUUGAAGGCGAAGGCCGAGGAAGCCACCGAUUCGGCGCCGAAGCCAGAUCCUUUUAGCAGUACCGAUCAAGCAAAGGCCAAGGCAGAUUUCGACAAUGCUUUUGCCGCUUUUGCCGCCUCUGGCAAGGGCAAGGCCGCUGGUGAGUCGAAUGUCGACAAAUCCACUGAUGCUUUUAACACUGAGUUCCCGCCCAUUUCUGAGUUGGAGCGUGCCGAUGAGUCUGAGUCGGAAAGCGAGCGAGGUGGUUUCGACGACGACUUUACUGCUGCUUCGCCUCCAAACAAAGGUGUCAAUAAGAAGGAUGCGGUAGCCACGGAGGCCACGGAGGCCAAGAAGACCGCCGCGGAAACGCCUGUAAAUGUCGGCCCCGAAAUACCCGCUAAAGAACCUGUGGAGGAUACCAAUAAAAGUUCCGAACAGCCAUCAUCACCUGCCACCGUCACCAACACAUCCCAGCCGACUUUGACUGCUGAUGACAUCUUUGGAGCAGCUGCUCCGAACGCUGUGCCCCAAAAUACGACUGGGAAAACCGUGUUUGAUGACCUGGAUGACGACUUCGAGGGCUUAGAAGACGCCAAAGAAGGGUCUGCAGAUGAUGACUUUGCCAACAUUUCUCGGGACGACUUCAAUCCCGUGUUUGAUAGCAGCCCGCCAGCCAGCCAAGCCAAGAGUGAGUCCACGGCGUUUGGCAAUGAAAGCACAUUCGACUUUGUGUCUCACAGCUCUGCAGCCGGUAGUACUACCCAGCAGAAGACUGCUGACUCUCAUGACUGGGACGCCAUCUUUGCUGGCCUGGACUCGCCUAGUAAUCUCGCCCCUCCUGGCCCUGGCGGGGAGGGAGGUGGUGACAAGCACGCUGAGCGUCCAGAGCCUCCUGGCCGAGCCCUCACCGAGCAAGGCGUCCACGAUGACCCCAUCUUGAAGAGUCUCACCGACAUGGGUUAUUCUCGUUCAGACGCGGUGGCUGCUCUCGAAAAGUACGACUACAAUUUGGAAAAGGUAUAA